ACCUCACAGACCUUUUCUUUGCUUUCUGCUUAAUGGAGGGACCUUAAUAUCCUCUUCUCUCUCUCUUACUUUCUCUCUCUAAAACACACUUUCUCUCUCCUCUUCUGCGCUUAAUUCCUUCGAAGAUUGUUGCUGUCGAUCCGAUCUUCUUCCCUCAACUGCUGCUUAUUCCAUAUAUUUUCAUCAAUUUCAGGAGAUUAACUUGAAGUCAUAUGAGUUUUUGAUCCGAUGUCUCCACCGCUGUUAGACGUUGAAGGGGAUGGACAGGGAAACGUUUCCUUAAUGACUUCUGCUUCCAGUAUGGAAUCGAUUUUUCAAAAGAACGCUGGAUUAACGGAGCGAAAUUAUCUGGGAUUAUCAGAUUGUUCAUCAGUUGAUAGCUCUGCUGUGUCUGGGAUCUCAGAUGUGAAAAGAAACAAUCUAAACCUUAAAGCUACUGAACUGAGGCUUGGUCUUCCAGGAUCUCAAUCCCCUGAGCGGGACCCGGAUGCUGAUCUGGCGAGCUCCGAGAGCCUUGAUGAGAAACCGCUAUUUCCACUGCUUCCGUCUAAAGAUGGAAUUUGCUCCGGUUCACAGAAGAUUUUUGUUUCCGGAAAUAAACGAGGAUUUUCUGAUACCAUUGAUGAAGGGAAAUGGAUGUUCGGUUCGUCUGGUACCGACUCUGAUACUUCGAAUGUAAAUGUUAAGAUUUCACCGGGUGCUCAACCUGCCAUGAUUAAAGACGCAACAUCAAAGGUUGCACCACAGGAAAAAACUCAUGCUACCUUUGGAACGAACCUUAACAAAGUCAAUGCGUCCAAUCCUCCUGCUGCUAAGGCACAGGUGGUCGGUUGGCCUCCGGUUAGAUCUUUCCGCAAGAACAUUUUGGCUACAAAUUCAAAGACGAAUGACGAGGUCGAUGGAAAACCGGGUCCCGGUGCUCUGUUCGUGAAAGUUAGCAUGGAUGGGGCUCCGUAUCUGAGGAAGGUUGAUCUAAGAAGUUACACCACUUAUCAACAGCUUUCUUCGGCCCUUGAGAAGAUGUUUAGUUGCUUCACUCUUGGUCAAUGCGGAUCACAGGGAGCUCCAGGAAGGGAAAGUCUGAGUGAGAGCAAGUUGCGGGAUCUGUUGCAUGGAUCAGAGUAUGUGCUUACGUAUGAGGAUAAGGAUGGCGAUUGGAUGCUUGUGGGAGAUGUGCCAUGGGAUAUGUUCAUCGGUUCUUGCAAGAGGCUGAAGAUCAUGAAGGGCUCUGAUGCAAUUGGUUUAGCUCCAAGGGCCAUGGAAAAGUCGAAGAACAGAAACUAGCUUCAUCGGAGGGAGGCUGGACUGCAGUUAUCCUUAUGUUUUGAUAAGUGCUGUGUUUUGUGCUCAAGUUUUAAAUCAAUAGUAAGCAAGAGUAAAAUGUUUCUAAUAUAAGUUGUUGGCCAUAUAGGAAACCUUUGUUUUCUGACUUUUGUAUUUCAUGAAUCUGUGUGUGCUUUCAGAACACUUGUGUCCACUGUGACUAUAUUAUUGUUUGUAAUUUGGAUGGAUUGACUUUUAGUA